GAAAAGCAACGUCAACAUUGUCUCCAUGGUUGAUCAAAAGAAACAUUCAAAAUAUUGCAACCAUCCUGGUUUAAGUGAAUCGUCUUUGAUUUAGUAAGGUAGUUUUUUUUAAAUUAAUUUAAUUCGAAAUUUGUUAGUUACUCAGUUCUAUUGCGAUUACGUGAAAGUGCAAUUAGUUCAAAUUAGAUCAAUCAAUGCUUCCUCUUCAUAAUCAUGAAAAAGAAUACAAGGUUUCCAAAGGAUUCCGGUUGAAAGAGAAAUUAAAUGGAUGGUUAAGGCUAAUAUUUGCCGAUCAAACAUCCCGUAAUUUAUUUCUAUUUUUAUUGUUGAAUAUUUCAUUCGCUUUUGUAGAGUUAUUUUAUGGAAUAUGGACCAACAGUCUUGGUUUAAUAUCAGACUCUUUUCACAUGUUUUUCGACUGUACAGCGCUAGUUGCUGGCUUAGCUGCCUCUGUUAUUACAAAAUGGAGACCGAAUGAUAGAUUUACUUAUGGUUAUGUAAGAGCUGAAGUGAUAGCUGGUUUCGUGAAUGGUCUUUUCUUAUUAUUUAUUGCUUUUUUCAUUCUUUCCGAAGCCGUUGAGCGAGCUUUCGAGCCUCCUGAAGUUAAACAUGAUAGAUUAUUUAUUGUAUCCGUUUUGGGCUUCAUUGUAAAUUUGGUUGGUAUUUUUGCUUUUCAACAUGGUGGUCAACUUCAUGGACAUUCUCAUGGCCACGGGCAUUCGCAUGGACCUUCUUCCGUUACCAGUGACCAUAAUAAUCAUAAUCAUUCACACAAUAACUCCAAUCCUCUUCUUUCAUCACAUUCUCAUAACCACCAUGGCCAUGGUCACAGUCAUGACCACGAAGAACUUAUACCAUCUGGCGAAGAUGCUCCAAAGAGUCAAAUCAUGCAAGGUGUAUUUUUGCAUAUCUUAGCCGAUACCUUGGGAAGUGUCGGUGUUAUUAUAUCCGCUAUUUUAAUGAGUCAAUUUGGCUGGAUGAUUGCCGACCCAAUCUGUUCCAUGUUUAUUGCAACUUUAGUUGGUUUAUCUGUUCUUCCAUUAUUACGUGAUUCCAUUGGCAUUCUCAUGCAGCGUACUCCAAAAGAGCUUGAAAAAUUAUUACCAGCUUGCUAUCAAAGGAUUAUGCAACUAGAAGAAGUUUAUAAUGUACAUGAACAACAUUUUUGGACGCUAUGUUCUAACGUCUAUGUUGGUAAUGUAAAAGUUGAAGUGUCCAACAACGCAGAUCCAAAGUACAUUUUAAGUCAUGUAUCUAGUAUUUUCAAGCAAAUAGGAGUCAAGCAGAUAUAUGUACAAAUUGAUUAUGCUCAUGUUUGAUUUGGAAGCUAAAUCAUCUAGUGCAAUUGGUUAUAAAAAGCUAAUUUUGAUUACUUUUCUAUUAUGAAGCCAUGAGCAAACUGUUAAAUUAGUUGUGAAUUAUCUCAUCUACAUAAAUUUCAACAUUUCUUGAAUCGGAGAUUAUCGGAUUGGAUUUAUGGAUAAACCUUAAUGAAACCUUACGCUCUUCAUUUCAAUCCAUUUAUUUUCAUUUCAAUUCAGACGAGCUCGAACACAAUACUAUUGUUUUCACCUUACUCAUUAAUCAUCCUCAUAAAUCAUCGACAUCGUGUUCAUCAGAAAUUUGCUCCGAGAUUGUUUACUGAUACAUGGAUGACUGCUUUCUCAAGCAAAAUCAUUUUGCUUCUCUUGUUUAGUGGCUCAGAAUAGAGUCAAUGGCUCGGAAUUGAUGAUAGUCUAAAGUUACCACCGACAUGAAUGAAUAGUUUUCUAGCUAAUUAAUUCACACUCAACCAUACUUACGUGUAUCCCAAAAAAGAGCUGAUCGAUUCUAAAUGAUAAA